AUGGGGAACUGCCUGGUGAUCCAGGACAGAAGGGAGAUCAAGGUGAUGAGCGUGGUCGACGGCGAAGUCCUCAAGCCGCUCCCGGCGCCACCCCUCUCCAAGGGCGCCCUCGCACGCGUCUCCGGCUCCUCCGACGCCGACGACACGCUCCGGCCGCAGAAGCAAGGCCUCGACGGCCGGGCGGGCGGCAUGGGGCAGUUGCACCGCCUGUUCCCCUCCGAUGCUAAGGCGCCUCCUGCCGCCGCGGCUGACCCGGAGGGCGCCGUCGUGAGGGUGAAGCUGGUCAUCAGCAAGCAGGAGCUGAGGAGGAUGCUGGGCAAGGACGACGAGGCCGUCUCCAUGGACGACAUGGUGGCUCUCCUGCGAGGAGGGUCGGAGGACCGGAAGCAGGAGGACGUCGGUUGCUACAGAGGGUGGCGGCCUGCCUUGCAUAGCAUACCUGAAGGCAGCGGUGAUCUAUAUUCUAUAUUAGCAUAA